CACCCGAACUGUAAAAAAAUGGCCGCUGCUCAGUUCGCUCCAUGAUUUAAAUUGCUUUGAGAAUUUUUAAAAAACUAGUAAAUGUCGAUCUUCUACACAGUCAAUGUGACUUGUAAUCUAGAACGUUUUGAGGUCGUAACUAUGAGAAGCCAUCUAAUGAAAUCUGUGGCUGUCGUUUGCUUCUCUCUACUCAUAGUGUCCACGGUGAGGGCAGUGACCACCCCCCAGCCCAGGACGACCCAGGCACCCAGCGUCGUACAGCCUCGGAUCGUCAAGGAGCGGGAGAGCUUCGUGGUAAACUUCGAGCCAGAGAGCGAGGCGAUCCUCUUCCCAAAGAACCACAUCGUUAUGCUGUACAUUGCCAGGAAGGCGGCAGGCGACGCCCAGUACGUCCCCAUGGCGUCACUCAGUCCCAAUGGCAUGGAGGAGCAUCGCUUAUUCCUGCAUACCCAGACCUCGUCUGAGUGGGCGAUGCUGCCCACCUUCUACGAUCGGAUGGUGCUUCGCCUCGCAAAAAGACAUGCCGAGGUCAAGGACUCUGGAGACUACACGUGCCACGUCAUCUUCAACAAGGACGGCAAGAUGCACAAGCAGGUCCAAGACAGCUGGCUCCGUGUCUUAGGAAUGAUGGGAUUAGAUGUAGGGGAGACAACUAGUGCCAAGUUUGCUGAGGCCAUCAACAGUGCCCAGACCAUUGUAUGGAACGGUCCGCCAGGAGUCUUUGAGUGGGACAAGUUUGCUCAUAGGACAGAAGCCGUGAUGGCCGCUGUCACUAAGGCAACAAGAAAGGAUGCAGUGACUAUCAUAGGAGGAGGUGACACUGCCACAUGUGCCAAGAAGUUCAAGGCCGAGGACAAGUUGACGCAUGUCAGUACAAAGGGCGGAGCCAGUCUGGAGCUGCUGGAGGGCAAGCUACUGCCUGGCAUAGAGUCCCUGUCAAUCAAUCCAAAACUUAAGGUACACCUCGGAAGGCUCACGAUUGACCAGUGUUCUCUGAACGACAAGCGCGUGCUACUCCGUGAUGACCUGAACGUGCCGCUCAAAAAGGGCGUGGUCGCAGACAACAGCAAGCUACAGGCAGCCGUCCCCACGAUCAGGCUCGCGCUGGAGAAGGGAUCCAGAUCAGUUGUGGUCAUGAGGCCCGUGGCUGAGGAGCUGGAGGCCCUGCUGGGGGUGACCGUCACCUUCCUCCCCGACUGUGUGAGGCCGGAUGUCGAGGCCGCCUGCGAGGUUCCCUGGCCCGGGUCUAUAAUGGGGAAAAAUCUACGCUUCCACCCAGAGGAGGUGGGCAAAGGGAAAUCCCCUGGGGGUGAGGACUUCACGCCAACCCAAAGGAGUGGUCGAGAGUUCAGAUUAAAUUUAGUCAGCGGGUUGCUCAUGGGGCGGGAGCUGCAACCCCUGAAGCAGUCUCUGUACCAGCCAACCCGACCCCUGCUGGCUAUUGUGGGCGGGGCGGGCACGGCCAACAAGAUGCCUCUGAUCGAGAACCUUCUGGAGAAAGUUGAUGAGCUAAUUAUCACCGGAAAUAUCGCCUUGACCUUCUUGAAGGAUCUGUUCGGCAUGGACAUUGGCCUGUCCCCCUACGACCCAGAGGCCGCUAAAACUGUUAAUGACGUCAUUGAACAAUCUAAAGAGAGUAACGUCAAGCUCCACCCACCGGUUGAUUUUGUCAUAGCUGACCCAAUGUCAGCUGAGGCCAACACUAAAACAACAAACGUCCCCAACGGCAUUCCUGGCGUAUGGCUGUACGGAGUCUUUCUGAUCAUCUUCCGUAAAAAGAAAGCCAUACAGAUGCUCGUUAUGCUGCACGGUAUCACUUCAAAAUCAGCGGCUCAAAAUAUAUCUGAGAACAAUCCAUGCGAGACCACAAUGGGCACGUUAUCUGAUGUUUACAAACAAAUUUUACGAGUGCAAGAAAAAAUUUUUCAAGAAUUAAGAAAUGAAAAACAACAAGCAGUUGCAAAAUGCGAGGCUGAGGUAAAAGAGCUCCGAAAUGACUUAAGUAUGGCCCGGAGAGAAAACAGCCUAGAAGACACAAUCAAGAUUAGUUAUGCAACACUACAUAAUUGCAUUUGCGCAAUAGUGAUUUUCGUAGUGUUGACCACUGGUCUUCUAAUAUAUCUGGGAGGUAGAGCUGCUGUGGCUGAGAUGGGGAUUGGCUACUUGAAGACCAGGAACAAUGUAUUACAACGCGAAAACGAGUAUUUCAGAACAGAGUUUCUUCGCCCUCCAGAAAAUUUCAAGUGCCCCCCUGGAGAAAAAGGUCUGGAAGAAACACUGUUUCAGAAAUCUUCUCAACUUACCACAAACUGGUAUUAAUUAACUAUCAAAUCACAUAAACAUUUGAGUACAUUUCAUGUAAUAAAAAGGCUGGUGAAGAAAAACUAAUUUGAUUUACUGGACAAUUUAUUUAAAAUAAAGUAAAAAAUCUUGAAUUCAGUUUACAUUUUCUCAGACAUUGAGGCUUGUUUUUAUUAAAACCACUUCAAACAUCAGACACAUUGUUAGGUAGAUUGUAGAGUAAAUGAACUCGUAAUGCCAGUGACAGUAUUGAACAUGAUUACCACUGCCUUGUAAUUUGUUGCCAAUACUAAAUAAAAAUAU